GACCCAGUGAAACACAUGUACGCCCACAGUGUGCAUGCCGGAUGUUCACUGUUUCUUUGGUGUGGUGUUUAUAUAGUUUUGGUCAGAUAAACCGUACAGUUUGUCCGCAAUGAGCUCCCAGAUUACUUGCGUCGGGUGGGUGAAACGAGGUGUUGCCAAGGAAGCCCCGGACAAGGUUGAAUUGAGCCAGGAGGAGCUCCAGCGAAUCAUCACUGAGGCAAAAGAAGAACUGGGGGACCUGGCAGCUGAGGACGAAGAGGAAGAAGGUGAAGGUGGACCUCUUGAAGAGAGCGAUACUGCUGAAGCACCAGAGGAUGAGAAGGGCGAAGGAAAGGAGGAAGCUGAUGAGUUAGCAGAGUAUGGCUUGGAUAAAUAUGAUGACGAGGAUACAGUGACUGCUAAUCUUGGUGACAGCCUGGCUGGGCUCACUGUGUUCAGCUCUAAUGAGGAGGAUCCUUACAUCACCAUCAAAGACACAGACCAGUAUGAGCGUGAAGACUUCCAAAUCAAACCCACUGACAACCUUGUCCUGACAGGCAAAGCAGAGAAGGACUGCUGCACUUUGGAGAUCCAUGUUUACAACUCUGAGGAGGACUCCCUGUAUGUUCAUCAUCAUAUUCUGCUGCCAGCUUAUCCGCUGUGUGUGGAGUGGCUAAACUUUGACCCAAAUCCUGCAGAAGGAACAUCUAACUAUGCUGCUGUGGGGAACAUGACCCCUCAGAUUGAUGUGUGGGAUCUGGAUGUGGUGGACUGUUUAGAGCCAGCCUUCUCUCUGGGGAGCAAAAAAGCCUCCAAGAAGAAAAAAAAAAGCAAAAAGGGGGCAGCAGCAGAGCCUGCUGAGGGGCACACAGAUGCAGUGCUGGAUUUAUCCUGGAACAAGCUGAUCAGGAAUGUGUUGGCUAGCGGUUCUGCAGAUGACACAGUUAUCUUGUGGGAUAUGUCUCAAGGCAAACCAGCCACAACCCUGCGCAGGCACACUGAUAAGGUCCAGACGUUAACAUUCCACCCGUUUGAAGCACAGACUUUGAUAUCGGGAUCUUAUGACAAGACAGCUAUACUUUAUGAUUGCCGGAGUCCAGACAGCAGCUAUCGGACGUGGAGGUUCAGUGGCCAAGUGGAGCGUUUGGUCUGGAACCACUUUUCACCCUGCAAUUUUCUGGCGAGCACAGAGGAUGGUUUUGUCUACUGCCUGGAUGCACGCUCGGAUAAACCUGUGUUCACACUGAGGGCACACGAUGAAGAGGUGUCAGGAUUGUCCCUCAGCAGCCAGAUUAAAGGAUGCAUGGUCACCUCUUCAGCUGACAAACAUGUAAAGAUUUGGGACAUUUUAGGCAACAAACCCAACAUGGUGCACUCGCGGGAUAUGAAAAUGGGUGUGCUGUUCUGUGCUUCAUGUUGUCCUGACCUGCCCUUCGUCUAUGCCUUUGGGGGACAGAAGGAAGGACUGCGAGUUUGGGAUAUAAGUGACGUUGCAGCAGUGGCCGAGGUCUUCGGCGGUCGAGAACGCUUGGUGGCAAGUACAGAAUCACAGGCAUCCGGCGCUGCGGCCACAUCGGACAUGGAGCUCUCCUAGUGGCAAUCUGGUUUAAACAACAGCUUCUAAACACGAAUGAACUGAGUUAAUGUGGAAAUGCAUCAAGCUGCCCCGCGUGUGUCGUGUUCAUCGCGUUGCAGCGGCUGCUUCAUGGAGGCUCCACAGAGAGGCUGGCCAGUGUUUAAAAACCAGGCCAGGAGGAGAACCUAAGAGCUUUGUUCAGCUUCUCUCUUACCACAUAUAACACCACUGACAGGAACAUUCAAAGACGUGUUCAGGAUAUUCAAGCAACAUUUGCUCUUAUAUUAAUAUGUCAACUUAUUUUUUUAAUGUUGAGUGAUUAGGUGUAAUACACUUAGAUUAUUAUCUCAAGAAAGGCAUACAUAUUGAUCUGCGCAAUAUUUUAUACCCUUUUCUGGUAAUAGGUAAAAAUGUGAAAAAAGACUACAGUUAUUUGAUUUAGCUGGUGUGAAGAAAAAGAGUCCUCCA